AUGACAAGAUUGGGAGCUGUGGUGUCCAAAGACAGUCAUCUUCAAUUGAGAGGUAUUGAUUUUUUUAUUCCCUGCUUCUCACUUGCAUGUGCUGAUCCCAAGAAGGUAUCUCACAUUUUCCUAGAGGACUUGAAUCAGUAUGUUCCGGACCCUGGCAUCUCGUACCUUAUCAGGCUUCCAGAUGGCAUGGAGCCAAGUGAAUUCUUAAGUCAAUUAUCCUCCAUGGAUGCCUCUUUUGUAGUGGUCGUGCCAGUAAUCGAGAAUUGGCAUUAUUGGAACGUCCUACAGCAAUUCCAAGACCGUGUUGAUUACGUCUUAGAUGCUAGGUCGCAACUCUCUUCGGAAUGGAUGGAAAGGUUUAAAAGCUUAAAGUUUACUGCUGUCACAAUAAUCAGCCCAUCCUUUGAAACUUUAGCUUUAAAGAAAACCCAGCCUGAUUUGCUUCUAUUGCCUACCGAUCUUGACGUGGAAGGCGUCGCCAAGGGACGUGAACACGCUACUGCUCUAACUCAGAAAUCGAUGCAAGAACAGUACAUUAAUUUCUUUAUAGAUCCCUUGCAGCCACUCACUCAAGAGAUGCCUCUAGAAGUAUAUGAAACAUUCGAGCAAGACGAAGCAAAGUACGAGGCUUAUGAAGAAGCCAUUGACUUGGCUGUUGCCGAUAUAUUGAACCAAAAGAAAAAGGACCGGCUCACCAUUCUUGUUGUCGGUCCUGGAAAAGGACCAUUACUUGCAUUUGCAGCCAAAUAUAUGGAUUCUGCAGAUAUUAUCGCCGUGGAAAAGAAUCCUAAGUGCAUCCCUGUCCUUCAUGAACAUAACAAAACUAUGUGGAAAAAUAAUAUUACCAUCAUCGAAGGUGAUAUUCGUGACAUUAUACUGACUUUGGGUCCAGUCGACCUAGCGAUAUCAGAGCUCAUUGGAUCAUUCGGAUUAAUGCUGACACAAUCAUGA